UAAUUACUAUUGUUAUCUAUGGCAAUUAUUGUGAUUGGGAUUUGUGAAUGUGUCGAAUAUUGUGACAGAUAAUUAUUAUAAUAUUGUCAAUUGAUAUUACAAUUUUUUAAUAUUAACUACAUCGAUUCCGACCGUCGGUGCGGUGUUGCAGGCGCAGUGAGUGAACACUGAUGAGCGGCGUACUCGACUACCUAAGUGGCGCUGUGAACGUGUGCAGCGUCGCUGUGCCGUUGAACCCAAUGACAGUUGUAUAGUCGUGGCGGACGGCGUAGAUAAUAUAGUUACGAUAAACAAUAAUAUUAUUGUCGUCAUCUCCGGCACAACUACGUUGUAAUCGCUGUCCGACCGAUAAACGUUUUUGGGGCCGCAUUCGCCAACAUGGACGGAUCGACGACCAGUCCUACGAGGAAAAUGUCAAAAGCCGAUCAGCUCCUGUCAAAGCUACCGCCUCCAACGCAAUUGCCGAGUUUUGUCACCGAUGCUCUGAAUGAGCCAAGAGCAGGACAACCUAAUCCAGUGUUGAAUGCAACAGACAUGACUAGUCAAAAUUUUCACACUCCAAUGUUUUCGCCCGUGAUAACUAGUAAAAAUGAAGAAAAUGUGGAAUUGCCCACAAGUCCCUCUAAUGAAGCAGCAGCCGAUAAAGCAGUUAAAGGUGAACAGUCAUCAGGCAAAGCUGAUUUGUUUAACUGGAUGAAGGGCAGUAGUUCUAGUAUUUUUUCCAUGGUCGCUGAAAAAGCAAAGAAUUCUGUAGAUGCUGUACUCACAACAUUGGACCCACAAAUGAAAGAUACAUUGAAUCCCAAUACUUUUGAUAACACCGAUGUAGUCGUUGCUUCCGAAAAAGAAAUUGUUGUUAGUGCAGUAAGAGAGGGCUUUCAAAAAGUUUUUGGAAAAGGAGUUGUUAGAGGACUUGAAGCACCAGAUCAACCGUUUGCUGCUCAGCUGGUUGGAUUUUCUGCCGCAUCCAAAGCCACAAAAUAUUGCAUCGAUUCUGUUAGAUUACAUGUGGUUAAGGGUCCUGUCGUCGCCUUUGAAAGAUUUAUUGUAGAACCAAUAGAAUCCAAAUGGUAUGAAUUUGGUCUUUUGAAACUUAAUGACAUGGAACGAAACAUAGAUUUAGAAGUGUACACUCAAAGUGUCCCUGUACCUGCUACAAUUGUUGGUUUGAUUAGUGACGAUACGCCCAAAGACUAUGAAUACAUCUCAACUGGAUUCAGUAUACCGGUUGCACAUUUCAUGGCUAGCAACUUAAAAGUACACCCGUCUGAGUGGCAAGAAGUAAUGACAGGGGUAAGCCAAAGAUCGUCUUUAUUAGCUGCUUCUGUAUCAUUGGCCAUGUCAUACAAGAUUGCAUUGGAAUGAUGGCAUUUUUAGUUCAGCUUCAAAAUCUUUAUCAAUACAAUUUUUUUUUUUUUUAUCAUUAUCGAUUAUUAUUUACUGUAAUAAAUGUUAUCAAUUUGUAUUCCCCCCUCCCAAUGGAUUGUGAUUUUUAAUUAUUAUUAUUAUUUUUUUUUAAUCAUGCACACGCUGUUAUUAGAUAUAUAUUUGUACAAUAUGUCUAUACUUAUUACUUAAUUAAAAAAUCUAAUUGCCA